AUGCCAAAUAUCCUAUACAAUACAAAUUCAAGUCUAAUAUCAAGAUUCCAGAGAAAUUCGUCAACAAGUCCAGUUACAAAUUCUGUUUCUUUAAUAUCAUCAUCAUCAUCAUCAACAACAUCAUUCUUAUCAAAAAACAAUACCGCCUCGUUAGCUAUUGGUUCCAAGUUUCGUUCAAAGUAUGAAAAGGAUUCAGAAAAAUAUCUGAAAGAGUUAUGCUGUUCGAUAUAUCCCAAAUCAACACACAAAAGGAUAAAUGGCAUGAAGUCUAAUUUUGAACUACAAAUAAAUGCCAUUUGUGCAUUAAUAUUACAGAAUUUUGUUCUAAAUUGGUAUGGAGUGAAAAUACCGACCACUGAUGAAACUUUCUUAAUUGAAAUGUUCAACCUAAUUCAAAAUUUAAUUCAAUAUGUGACAAGACAAAUCAGGGACGAUUCAAUUGAUUUUGAAGCAUUACUCGCUGAUGAUAUUCCUGUUAUCUUAUCAAGGCAUAUAGAAGCAAUAAGGAAAAGCCAAUUGAAAACCACCGAAAAUAUUGAUGAUUCUUCCACGUUAUAUAAAGAGUAUCGUAAGAUAGUAUUGUCUGAUAGUGAUAAAUAUCCUGAACAGAUAACGAAUUUCAUCAAGAGUUUGAUCGAAGGAUCUGAUUCAUCAACCCUACAAUCGUCGUUUUUAGAUUCUUUAUUCAAUGAAUUGUUAUUUGGACGAAUACUUGACAGUUUGACUGAACCAUACUAUGUCCUAAAUGGUACAAUCAAAAUUUGUAAUAAAUUAAUUUCAAAAAUGGAAAGUCCUAGCCUCUCAAUUAAAGAACCCAAACCAGCAUUUAUUCAAGAAAGUCGCCGAUGGUCUUUCCGAUCAGUUAAAUCCUAUAUUGGGCGAUUAUUGUCAAUAAUAACAGCGGAUUAUAAACCUAAUAGUAACGGAAAUACACCUGUACCGGAGAAGCAUAACCUUUAUCAAAGAUAUAUAAUAAGUUUCUUUGCCAUUGAUUUAUUGAGGUUACCAACUAAGAAACCAUUCAUGUAUUCGAUCAUUAGAAUCAUGCAAUAUGUAUUGACAAAAUCGACAACUGUACAGGGUAUAACAAAUAAUAUAUUCAUGAAUUCGUUGAAGAAAUCUUCCAUUUUAGCCGUUGAUCUGAUUAAAUUAUUGCGGCAUACAUUGUUCCCCACAGAUUCCCUUAUGGGACCACGAAGAAUCAUCCCAACAACAGAAGAACAACUGAAACCAAUGAGAGAGGAAGCAGUAGUGAAAAUGAUGAGAGUUUCUAGGUUAUAUAAAAUCGAUUUUUUUCUUGGAUUGACUCAAAAUGACAUAGUUGCAGUUGUGGAUGGUUGUUCCUUCGAGAAAAAGAAACAGAAUAAGUUAUUGAUUAUGCAAAUAAUGGAAUGUGCUAUAGCACAUUUCACGAGACCGAUGGAGAACAAUGCGUAA